AGCGACAUAGAGGGGAUCGCCAGAGUUUACACGGAAAACAUAGAGAGUGACGAAACGUGUAUGGCAUCUCCGUCCCCUCUAGCCACCUCCUCACUCUUAACGCCUUAUAUUACUCCUCAACUUUCAUUCUCCAUUUUCCAUUCUCACAUUACUUCUUUCUCUCUCCCUCUUCAUCUUCACCCUUCAUCUUCAUCUUCAUGGCUCCUGCUCAAGAACUUCAACUCAACCAACAAGCUUCAACCCCCAUGAACGACGAACCCGCUUCCUACAAAUCCAGAGUCACAGUUGUUGGAAGCGGCAACUGGGGCAGUGUGGCUUCCAAGCUCAUUGCCUCCAACACCCUCAGCCUCACCUCUUUCCAUGAUGAGGUGAGGAUGUGGGUAUUUGAGGAAACAUUGCCAAGUGGCGAAAAACUCACAGAGGUCAUCAAUCGAACCAAUGAAAAUGUUAAGUAUUUGCCUGGUAUAAAGCUUGGCAGAAAUGUGGUUGCUGACCCUGACCUUGAAAAUGCUGUGAAAGAUGCAAACAUGUUGGUAUUUGUGACCCCACAUCAAUUUAUGGAGGGGAUUUGCAGAAGGCUUGUUGGGAAGGUAAGAGAAGAUGUGGAAGCUAUUUCUUUGAUUAAAGGAAUGGAGGUUAAGAUGGAAGGUCCAUGCAUGAUCUCCACACUCAUCUCUCAACAAUUGGGUCUAAAUUGUUGUGUUCUGAUGGGGGCAAAUAUUGCUAAUGAGAUUGCUGUGGAAAAGUUCAGUGAAGCUACAGUUGGAUACAAGGGGAACAGAGAGAUUGCAGAGAAAUGGGUUCAGCUGUUCAGUACUCCCUAUUUCAUAGUCACAGCUGUCCAAGAUGUGGAAGGAGUAGAAUUAUGUGGGACUCUGAAAAAUGUUGUGGCUAUAGCAGCAGGUUUUGUUGAUGGCUUGGAGAUGGGAAAUAACACAAAGGCUGCAAUUAUGAGAAUUGGUCUGAGAGAGAUGAAGGCAUUUUCCAAAUUGUUGUUUUCAUCUGUUAAAGACAGUACAUUUUUUGAAAGCUGCGGUGUAGCUGAUCUCAUAACAACAUGCCUGGGAGGAAGAAACAGGAAAGUAGCGGAGGCUUUUGCUAAGAAUGGAGGGAAAAGGUCAUUUGAUGAGCUUGAAGCAGAGAUGCUCCAAGGCCAAAAACUACAGGGUGUCUCAACGGCUAAAGAGCUUUAUGAGGUUUUGAGCCACCGAGGAUGGCUAGAAUUAUUUCCACUGUUUGCAACAGUGCACGAGAUCUGCAUUGGUCGUCUCCCACCUUCAGCCAUUGUAGAACACAGUGAGCGCAAACCAAAGUUCGUCCUCCCUAUCUGACUGUUCAUGGAUAUGAUUUUACCAGGAUACAAUACAUAUAAGUAAAAUUUUCAGUCUUUGCAACAAAUGUUAUUAAAAAGACCACGUUGAAUAUUGAAUAUUAUAGUGUCAGUUCACAGGAAUGGCUUAUGUUAGAUAAGACUAACACUUUAGUAAUUAUAAUCAUGCCCGUGUUUAUGGCUUGAGGAGUAA